AUGUCAUCCUCGACCACUCCGUUUGAAGAAGAGAGGGAGGCUGGCUUCGAAAAAUUCUACCCGGUGACAUUGGGCGAGGUCAUCAAUGAAAAGUAUAAAGUCGUGGCAAAACUUGGCUUCGGAUCGGCAAGCACGAUAUGGUGUUGUCGUGACUUGAUCACGCACAAAUAUGCAGCACUGAAAAUCUAUGCCCAUGAACUAGUUGCAGAGGAUGAGAUUCAAAAUGAAACUGCCAUCUACAAACAUCUCAGCAUCUACAAACAUCUCAGCAUCUACAAACAUCUCAGCACUACGGGAAACCCUGAUCAUCCAGGCAAGCUGUACAUUCGCACCAUUCAGGAUUCUUUUCUUGUCGCAAGCAGAGCGGGAAAUAUCCAUCAAUGUUUAGUUCACGAAGUCCUUUCCAACGACAUACUGAGCCUCCGGCAAUUGAGCCCAGAUCGUAAACUACCAGAAUUGUUGCUCAAGCAGUUCUUGGUACAUCUGCUGCUCGCAUUAGAUUUCUUGCACAGCAAGUGCCAUAUUAUCCAUACAGAUAUAAAAGAAGAGAAUAUCUUGCUGGGUCUGGUUGAUUCGUCGAUCUUAGAGCAACUAGACACUGAAGAGAUUGCAACGUCCAGCUUUUAUAAAAGUGUCAACGGGUACAACCUCUACAGAACCGCGCUCUUCGCCCGGAACGGGGCCACCGAGCACUCUCAUGAUAUCCAACCGGAUCCUUAUCGCGCCCCUGAAGUCAUUCUAGAGAUGCCAUGGGGCUAUGCUGUGGACAUAUGGAACGUCGGAGUCAUGGUCUGGGACAUGAUCGAAAAUAAACGGUUAUUCGAUGUGCUCGAUCCCAAGACUGCAAACUACGAGAGUCGCUUCCAUCUUGCGAGUAUAGUGGGUCUAUUAGGACCUCCUCCCUUGGAAUUUCUUCAGCGAAGCGAGUUCUCCUCUGUUCACUUCAAUGAAAAAGGUGACUGGAAGUGUGUAAAUCCUGUUCCAUCAGUAUCUUGGGAGGACUUCGCGGAGAAUAUCAACAUUUCCAACAAGAAAGCCUUCAUCGAAUUUAUGCGUAAAAUGAUCAGGUGGACGCCAGAAUCCAGGGCUUCAGCUUCCGAGCUGUUAGAAGACCCUUGGCUUCUAGGAGAGGUAUAG